CCUGUUUACAAUAGUGAAGUAACAAUGCACAACUGUAUAUUUAUAAACUAACUUUAACCUAGAUUUCUUUAUUUUCCUUCACAGUCAAAUAGCAUAAAGCGCUGCUGUGCACAUGCUUACAGCAUGGAAGGAACCCCACCUCAAAUCUCAGAGAGAUACUCACAGGAACUUCAGGACUUAAUCAGACAAAUGCUCAGCUGUGACCCUAAAGACAGACCAUCAGCUGAUGAGAUUCUAGCAAAACCAUUCCUGGAAGAUGCAGUAAAGAGAAACAAGAGAAUUCCAGAAGCACUUGAGCAGAAAUUGAUUAAGUCAGUCAGCGCCUUUGAUGAGGCCUACAACAAGCAUUAUGAACAAUUUGAGACCUUAGUUAGUGAGUGGGGAGAAACAGCAGAUUUACUAGAGGCAGUACAUUAUAAGGCCACAUCAGCAAGUCUGUCAGGUGCUGUGAUUGGAGCAGCUGGAGGAAUCACUGCAUUAGUUGGUGCAAUAUUGUCACCUUUCACUUUCGGAGCAUCUCUGAUUGUUUCAUUUGUAGGUGUUGGAGUCAGUGCUGCAGGCAGUGUAACCGGUGCUGCCGCAAACAUUGCGGGUACAGUAAAACAAAAACAACUCUAUGAGAGACUUGAACAAUUUAAACCUUACAUUGAAAAUGGAAGAGAACUGAUUCUCUGUUCACUUACAGUGAGAAAAUUAACAGGAAAAAUAUUUAAGUUUCGUGAUUUUGCCAGUACCUCAACUUCUGAUAAUGUGAGUUUGUCAUGGGAGAUAGGCAAAGGUACAAUAGUGUCUGUCACAGGACUAUCGAGUCUCGGUGUGUUGGGAAAUUUUAUCAGAAUUGCUGUUCAGUCUGUCAGAAUCGGACAAGCAGCAGCAGCAGUAUCAGGUGUGUUGGGCGGACUCGCAGUUAUUGCAGACGCUGUCUUCAUAGCAAAAGAUUCCCGAGAGAUUCACCAGAUGAGAAAUCAGUGGAAAACAGAUGAUCCAGAAAAGGUCUCAUCCAGUAUACUCAAAGCCACAGCAGAGAUAAGGAAAAUACACAAAGAUCUUCUCAGUGUUUUGGAGGAAAUCAAAACAACACGCAAGGUUUUGGAUGAAAAAAAAAUACCACCAGUCAGAUUUGCACAACAUCCUGCAGAUUUGUCAUUGAGCUCAGGUGACAGUUUCUAAAGAAAAAGGGUUUUGCAGAAAAAAAUUUCACUAUGUAAGACAUUGUGUUGAGCCAAACAAUUGGUGUGUAUGUGGCCUGUAUAUUAUGUAUGCAUAUAUGAUCUAUACUAUACAUAUCUACUACUAUAUUUCUAAUAAUUACGUAGUGAUGUUGCUUUCGGAUUAGUUUUAAUGAAUUACUAUUAGAAGAUUAACAUAAACAUAGAUAGUAAAUAUUUUUUGAAGGAUCUACAGAUUUUUCGUAGCAACCUGUGUGUGUUGCUCCAAGAGAGCAACUAUACAUUUGUGUGUUUUUGCUUUCUUUUAUUUUCAUUUAUUCUUCAUGUAUGAUCAUUUAAUCAUUUUAUUAUUUUUUUUUCUUUUUCUUAUUUUCAUUGUUGUUUAGUCUUAUAAUUGUGUGGUUUCAAGAGCUGUUUGUCUUUAUGAGUAAGAGAUCAAACAAUGCCUACAUUUCAAGGUUUUUUAUGUCACAGGACAAUGAUGUGAAGCAGUAUUUUUUUUUUUUUUUAUUAUUAUUUUUUUUUUAUUUGUAAAACAUUGUAUUGAGCCAAACUAUAUAUAUAUAUAUGUAUUUAUAUAUAUAUAUAUAUAUAUAUAUAUAUAUAUAUAUAUAUAUUUUUUUUUUUUUUUUUUUUUCGAUUUGUGUUCGUCAGAUGCAGUUUGAGCAUUGAAGCAUAUGCACCUAAAAUUAUUCAAUAAACUCUGCUCCUUUUUUUAAUCAUCAUCA